AUGCCCGAAAACAAGAACAACAGGUAUCGCAUAAAAUCGCCCUACUGCACGCAUACCAUCCCCUCGAGCCUCCUUCCUCUCCUCCGCCCACCGACAUACUGCCCCAUCUGCACCAUCAAGCGUGAUAUUAGCGAGGUCGAGGAGGUGCAGCUAGAGUUCAGAAUCCGAGGCGGCAUCUUUAGCUCCAAAGCUCUUUACGAAAAAUCUCACGUGCUGGGGCUCCGACACAAGGAGUUUAAAAAGCGCUGGGUAAGCGGGAAAGUAGCGUUGAUGAAUAGGGUGAUGGAGUUUAAGGACUUGUUGGACGCAGGGGUCGCGGAGGGCAGCGACGUGCUGAGGGAAGCGGUGGCAGCUUUCGAGAAAGAGAGAAACAGAUUGGCUCGUGUGCUAGUGGUGCCUCGGAAGUCCGAUAUUGAAAAGCUUGCGGCUUCUUCAGUUGUGGAGGAACGCCGCGCUGAGCAGUAUGGUGCUGCGACACCGCCAAAGUCGAUUAUUCGCAAGACUUCGCAAUUCGCCGCCUCGUCCGACGUGAGAGCCGAGUUUAAAUCCAACUCCAAAAUAAGUGCGGCCGCUAAAGACUGGAAAUCGCGCCCCGGAAACCCCAUGCUAGAAGACUCCUCUCUCUCGCCUUUCGAUUCCUCGAGCUCCGCCGUCUCAGCACCACGAUCGAAGCGCCUCCGCUUCUCUCCCACCAUCUCUCACUCUCCCGAAAAACUCAACUACGUCCACACUCACUUCGCUUUGCCGCCAUCCACGCCACUUUCCACCGAAGCAACUCACCAUACCCCUUCGCUGCACCCGACGCGCGAGGAUCCUCGUAAGAGGACAAAACGAAAAUUCAAGCGCAAUGGCAAGGAGUAUCAGCCCGGAACCUGGAAAAGUGAAGACGGGUAUGAGAAGGUGAAUACAAGUAGGUUCAGGGUUAGAUGGGACCACGCAGAGAAGGAAUGGGCUGAGGGCGAGGAGAUGAGGUUGCUGGAGGUGAAGUUGAAGGAGAUUUCGCGGGCUUCGGUGGCCCUCUGGUGGGUUAGGGGGGUGCUGGUGUAUGGAGGGAUUCAAGAAAUGCAGGCUGGGAUGGAGAAAGUGGAGGAGAGAGCGGAGCAGCUCGCUUUCUGA